AUGGGCGGGUUCAAACGGUCUAUCGGGCCAAAAGUUCAUUCUGUAUUUCCUGUUCUCUCACUCACACGGUGUUCUCUCACUCACAGCCAAAGCAUUUUUUGUUCUCUCACUCACAGCCGCACCUCCAAAGUUGGGGAUGAUCUUCCUCCUAUUGUUUUGGUGCAUGGAAUUUUUGGAUUUGGCAAAGGGAGGUUGGGUGGUUUGUCAUACUUUGCUGGAGCUGAGAAGAAAGAUGAGAGGGUUCUUGUUCCUGAUCUAGGGUCUUUAACAAGUAUCUAUGAUAGGGCAAGGGAAUUGUUCUAUUAUUUAAAAGGAGGACAGGUUGAUUAUGGUGAAGAACACAGCAAGGAGUGUGGACACUCGCAGUUUGGAAGAAUCUAUGAACAAGAGCAUUAUUCUGAGUGGGAUGAGGAUCACCCUCUUCAUUUUGUGGGACAUUCUGCUGGAGCACAGGUUGUUCGUGGUUUGCAACAAAUGCUUGCUGAUAAGGUUGGUAUUGGUAUUGAAAAUGUUGUGUUUAAUUAUGUUUGUUUUUUAUUUUUUUUUAUAAGCAUCACAUCCUUAUCUGGAGCAUUUAAUGGGACUACAAGAACCUACUUUGAUGGCAUCCAGCCGGAAGAUGGGAAAACAUUGAAACCUAUUUGCCUGCUACAGCUUUGCCGAAUUGGGGUGAUACUAUAUGACUGGUUAGACAUUGCCUGGUUGAAAAACUACUACAAUUUUGGGUUUGAUCAUUUCAACAUGUCAUGGAGAAAGAUUGGUGUAUGGGGUCUUGUUGAUUGCCUAUUGGGGAAUGCAGGCUUUGACAAAUAUUCUCUGGAGAAACUGAGGGAGGCAUCAGCUGCUGAAGCUGAGGCAGCUAGUGCUGUUUGGCAAUCUGUGCAAGCUAUAUCAAGUAGUCCCGUUGAUGAAACAUCUGUGUUAGAUGACAACUCACAUGCUGCAGACACAGUUGCAGAUGGAAGUGACACAAAGGGAGAUGUUCACCUUCAUCCUAGAGCUGUUGUAGUUGCUAAAGAGGCUAUAGGUAACCUAGGUGGAAUGGUGAGACAAUUGUCACUCGAUCAAUUUGAAAAUGAAAGCAAACGCAUGCUUCCCAUAAACAGUGAUUCACCAUAUCCUACAAAAAAGUUCACCAGGCAGAAAUCCCCUCAGGGUUUACAUAAAAAGAUAAUUUCAAAUUUGCUCAGGCCUCGCAACUGGAAAGCGCCUGCAAAUAGGCGGUUCUUCUUGGAUUCUUAUGAAGUGGGUGAGCUUUGUUAUGCUGCUGAGCAAAUAUUUAUGCACGAACCAACUGUUCUUCAGCUGAAAGCUCCUGUCAAAGUAUUUGGUGAUCUUCAUGGUCAGUUUGGUGAUUUGAUGCGACUAUUUGAUGAAUAUGGAUUUCCUUCAACCGCAGGAGACAUCACAUUGAAUAUCCUGACAAUGUUCACUUGAUAUGUGGAAAUCAUGAAGCUGCUGACAUAAAUGCAUUAUUUGGUUUUCGUAUAGAGUGCAUUGAACGAAUGGGUGAAAAUGACGGCAUAUGGGCGUGGACAAGAUUCAAUCAACUUUUUAACCAUCUUCCACUCGCUGCACUUAUUGAAAAGAAAAUUAUAUGUAUGCAUGGUGGCAUUGGAAGAUCUAUCCAUUCAGUAGAACAGAUAAAGAAGAUUGAAAGGCCCAUAACAAUGGAUGCAGGAUCUAUUAUUUUAAUGGAUCUUUUAUGGAUGGUACAAAUGAGCAGUUAGGGAUUAUUCCUCGAGCUAUUGAAGAACUCUUUCGUCAAGCGUCAAUGGAUGCUUCAAUGGAUGCUAGACUGGAGAACACAUGAACCUCUCAUUGUGUGGAAGUAGCAUAACAUUUGUUAUUUUGGAUUGAAGUUUUUGAUACUUUGAAUUUAUUUUGAAUCUAAAUUGUAGUAAUUUGUAGCUCAAAAUAUUAUCAAAAUGUA